CUCACCCCGAGGGUCCCCGGCUUCGCUUCUCGCCUCAAGAAACUCUUGAUCGUGGUGGUGGUGGUCGUGGUCAUCGUGGUGGUGGUGCUGGGCUUCCUCCUCAUGGGGCUGCGUUUGUCCGAGAAGCACACGGAGACUGUGUUGCGAAUGACUAUCCAGAGCCUGGACGGGGAAGGGUCCCCGCAGCAGCUCUCCAUACGCGGGAAAGAAAAGACCGGCACUUUCUACGUCACAGCAGGGAUCAACUCGUCAGCCACCGUGGUCUACGACUACCGCCACCUGCUGAUCGGCUACCGAUCCUGGCCGGGCCGGGCCUGCUACCUCCGCCGGAUGGACCCGGAGAACAUUCCAGGCCUGGAUGCUAUUGCCAAAGCCUUUCAGCACCGCCAGCUCGGACCGAGUGAAGAGCCGGAGGAGGGCGGGUUUCCAGCACCCCAGGCCAAUCGCUCCGCGUUGGGCACCACUGUUAAUAUCCUCUGCAGCAACGUUCCCAUCUACUGGGCCUAGACAGGCUCAGGUCCCCAUGCUGUCUGAGCUUUGCCUUCCUGCCAUCGCUUCCCAGGUGGGCCCGGUGCCCCGACAGCCAGCGACCUCUCCGCAGCCUGGGGCUUCUCUCUUACGACGAUGCUGCCCUUCCGCGCACCCUCCAUGCUGGGCAGCGGGCUCCGGCGCUGGCCGAGGGCCGGCGGGCAGGUGGCUGCGGGGUCUCCAAACCGCUGCAACGCUUUUGUUUUCUUGCCGUUCGAAGCAGCUGGGAAUUUCCGGGUGGCACUUGCAAUAAAACAAGAUUU